AUGGCCUCUUUCCCAGAACUGAUUGAAAACUUCCAGGAAGAGCUCAUUUGCUCCAUCUGCAGGGAUUACUUGGAAAACCCAAUGUCCAUUGAGUGUGGUCACAGUUUUUGCCAUAGUUGCCUCCUCAGGAGCUGGCAGCAAGCCUCUCCCUCUUUCUCCUGCCCAGAGUGCAGGAGUGUCUCCCAGGUUAGGACUUUCAAAGCCAAUGUGCGUCUUGGGAAACUGGCAGCCAUUGCCAAAACACUAAGACCUCAUUGUUUGCAAUACCCUGGAAGCCAUAGCAAGUGUGAGACACACCAGAAAGUGCAGAAACUGUUCUGUGAGGAUGACCAGAGCCCAAUCUGUAUGUCCUGUUCUGAGUCCAACAAGCAUAAGGCUCAUACACUCAGUUGCAUAGAUGAGGCUGCUGAGGACUUCAGGGAGAACCUCCAGGAAACUGUAACAGAUUUGUGGAGAAAAACUAAGGAUGUUGAACAACAGAUGACUGAUGAGAAGGUUAAAUUGUCACUACUGGAGAAGGAGGUAAAGACUCAAAAGGAAACUAUUUCUUCUGAAUUCCAGAAAUUACAACAUUUCCUGGAUGAGGAGAAAAAUGAAUAUCUAUCAAUUGUGGAGAGGCAGGGAAGGGCCAAUGUGAAAGGCCUGAAGAAGAGAAUAAGGGAAUUAUCCCUUCAAAAUCAAGAAUUAAGGAAGAGGAUCAGAGAGUCAGAGGAAGUGUGCAGGAAACCAGAUGUGGAUUUGCUCCAGGAUAUAAAAGGAGUGUUAAAGAGGAAUAAAUCUGUGAUCCACAAGGAAGUAGAUAUGUUUCCCGUAAAGACGAUUUUUCGUCCUAUCCCUGGAAUUCUAGAAAUGCUUUUAAAAUUUAAAGUGGACAUCACUCUGGAUCGUGACACAGCUGAUCCAGGUGUCAUCAUCUCUGAAGAUUUGAAGAGUAUGAGAUAUGGAGGUGCACAGGUACAAGUGCCCAUCAACAUUGGGAGAUUCAGUUAUUUUGCCCAAGUUCUUGGUACUCAGUCCUUCAUUUCAAGUAGACACUACUGGGCAGUGGAGGUACCAGACGACCCUGGAUGGUGUGUUGGCAUCUCUAAUGGACCACCUACACCUGAAGUCUUCUUUGUGCUUAUGGCUAUACAAGGUCACAUGGGUGGUCAUCUUUAUGCCAUAGGCAAGCAGCACCUUUAUUCUGUGCCUCAUGUAAAAUACUGCCAGAACUGUGUGUCCAACCUAAUGGUGGGUAUUUUCCUUGACUAUGAAAAAGGAGAGGUGUCAUUUUAUAAUGUUAAAGAAAGAUCUCUUAUUUUUGCCUUUGAAAACAUUUCCUUCUCAGGACCUUUUCAACCUUUCUUCUGUCUUUCUAAGAAAAUCCUGACAAAUGAUUGCUCUCUCAUGAUCUGUCCCUAA